AUGGGAAGAUCAACACUCUGGGAUUGGAAGACAAAGACGUUGGAUCUAAACCAGAGAUCACAACGAAGACUUGGAUCAAGACAGGAUCAAGAACGAUCGAGCAGAAGUGAAGAUACAACAAGAUUGUCCAGGUGGGACGAUCAUUGUACGAACAUGGGAAGAGUCAACAGGACGACGAAAUAUCAAAGUUCUCCAAAUCAAGAAGAGAAGAGUUUGGACGACAUAAGAGACCAUUCUAAGAAGUUUGGUCGAAGCAGAAUGCAAAUCGGACGAGCAGAUUGA